AUGCAGAGAGCUCUCUCCGCCAGGACUUCUGUCCUUUCUGCUGCCUCUAAGCGGGCUCCCUUCUACAAGCCUGCCGGCUUCAACCUGCAGCAGCAGCGUUUCGCUCACAAGGACCUCAAGUUCGGUGUUGAGGCUCGUGCCCAGCUCCUCAAGGGUGUUGACACUUUGGCCAAGGCUGUGACUUCUACUCUGGGUCCCAAGGGCCGUAAUGUCCUGAUCGAGUCCCCCUACGGCUCCCCCAAGAUCACUAAGGAUGGUGUGACUGUUGCCAAGGCUGUUCAGCUCCAGGACAAGUUUGAGAACCUCGGUGCUCGUCUCCUCCAGGAUGUUGCUUCCAAGACCAACGAACUGGCUGGUGACGGUACCACCACCGCUACCGUCCUUGCCCGUGCCAUCUUCUCGGAGACCGUCAAGAACGUUGCCGCUGGCUGCAACCCCAUGGAUCUGCGCCGUGGUAUUCAGGCUGCCGUUGAGGCUGCCGUGGAGUACCUCCAGCAGAACAAGCGUGACAUCACCACCGGUGAGGAGAUUGCCCAGGUCGCUACCAUCUCUGCCAACGGCGACACCCACGUCGGCAAGCUCAUCUCCACCGCCAUGGAGCGCGUUGGAAAGGAGGGUGUCAUCACCGUGAAGGAGGGCAAGACCCUCGAGGACGAGCUUGAGGUUACCGAGGGUAUGCGCUUCGACCGUGGAUACACUUCUCCUUACUUCAUCACCGACGCCAAGGCCCAGAAGGUCGAGUUCGAGAAGCCCCUGAUCCUGCUUUCCGAGAAGAAGAUCUCCGCCGUCCAGGACAUCAUCCCCGCCCUUGAGGCCUCCACUACUCUCCGCCGCCCCCUUGUUAUCAUUGCCGAGGACAUCGAGGGUGAGGCUCUCGCCGUCUGCAUCCUGAACAAGCUCCGUGGCCAGCUCCAGGUCGCCGCCGUCAAGGCCCCUGGAUUCGGUGACAACCGUAAGAGCAUCCUUGGUGAUCUUGCUGUCCUCACCAACGGUACCGUCUUCACUGAUGAGCUCGAUAUCAAGCUCGAGAAGCUCACCCCCGACAUGCUCGGUUCCACCGGCUCCAUCACCAUCACCAAGGAAGACACCAUCGUCCUCAACGGUGAGGGUACCAAGGACUCCAUCGCCCAGCGCUGCGAGCAGAUCCGCGGCGUCAUGGCCGACCCCACCACCUCCGAGUACGAGAAGGAGAAGCUCCAGGAGCGUCUGGCCAAGCUCUCCGGCGGUGUUGCCGUCAUCAAGGUCGGCGGUGCCUCCGAGGUUGAGGUCGGUGAGAAGAAGGACCGUGUUGUCGACGCUCUGAACGCCACCCGUGCCGCCGUUGAGGGUGGUAUCCUCCCCGGUGGUGGUACCGCUCUGCUCAAGGCCUCCGCCAACGGCCUUGACAGCGUCAAGACCGCCAACUUCGACCAGCAGCUGGGUGUCAGCAUCAUCAAGAGCGCCAUCACCCGCCCUGCUCGCACUAUCGUUGAGAACGCCGGUCUUGAGGGCAGCGUCAUCGUCGGUAAGCUGACCGAUGAGUUCGCCAAGGACUUCAACCGUGGCUUCGACAGCUCGAAGAGCGAGUACGUCGACAUGAUCUCUGCCGGUAUCGUCGACCCCCUCAAGGUCGUCCGCACUGCUCUGGUUGAUGCCAGCGGUGUCGCUUCCCUGCUCGGUACCACCGAGGUCGCCAUCGUCGAGGCCCCUGAGGAGAAGGCUCCCGCCCCCGCUGGCGGCAUGGGUGGCAUGGGUGGUAUGGGCGGCAUGGGCGGCGGUAUGUUCUAA